AAAAAAAAGAAGCUACCUACGAUCUUUUUCCGGGUCGCGAUAUUUAGCACACCCUCAUGAAUGUGAGCUAGCGGGCCCGAGUUCUUCUUUUGAAAAAUAUCUCGGAAGAAACAACAAAAAAAAGUGGACAUUUAAACACUCCCGACGCGGAAAAUAACAUUUUAUCGUCCCGUAACCACAUGAUACAGCGAUGCCAGGGCUCAGCUGUCGAUUUUACCAGCACCGGUUCCCGGAGGUGGAGGAUGUCGUGAUGGUGAACGUGAGGUCCAUCGCUGAGAUGGGCGCCUACGUCAGCCUUCUGGAGUACAACAACAUCGAGGGCAUGAUCCUCCUGAGCGAGUUGUCCCGUCGACGUAUCCGCUCCAUCAACAAGCUCAUCCGCAUCGGCCGCAAUGAGUGUGUGGUUGUUAUCCGAGUAGACAAAGAGAAGGGAUACAUCGAUUUAUCAAAAAGAAGAGUUUCACCAGAGGAGGCCAUCAAGUGUGAAGAUAAAUUCACUAAAUCUAAAACUGUGUACAGCAUCCUGCGACACGUGGCCGAGGUGUUGGAAUACAGUAAGGACGAGCAGCUAGAGAGCUUGUACCAGCGCACCGCCUGGGUCUUCGAUGAGAAAUACAAGCGGCCUGGAUACGGAGCCUAUGAUGUCUUCAAACAGGCCGUGUCAGAUCCUGCCAUUCUCGACGGGCUGGAGUUAACAGAGGAGGAGAGGAAUGUGCUAAUCGAUAACAUCAACAGGCGACUCACCCCUCAGGCUGUCAAAAUCAGAGCCGACAUUGAGGUAGCAUGUUAUGGGUAUGAGGGCAUCGAUGCUGUGAAGGAGGCUCUGAGGGCGGGGCUAGGCUGCUCCACUGAAGCCAUGCCAAUCAAGAUCAACCUGAUCGCUCCCCCUCGCUACGUGAUGACGACGACCACGCUGGAGCGCACAGAGGGCCUGUCUGUCCUCAAUCAGGCCAUGGCUGCGAUCAAGGAGAAGAUUGAGGAGAAACGAGGCGUCUUCAACAUCCAGAUGGAG